CUACCUCCCAAUCUGACUUUGUCUUUGGUUUCAUCCCAUACUUUAUUCACCCCAUGUCUGAUAAGUCUCUCUCUCUCUCACUCCCUCUCUAUCUCUUUCUCUCUCUCUCUCUCUCUCUCUACCCAACCCCACAAGUUUUUAUUCAUUAAUUCCUUUCUCUUUUCCCUCUGGUUUAUAUUCUCUCUAUCUCUCUCUCUUAUAAUAAUCCCCAACCCAAAUCUCCCCACUUUCUCACUCCAUUUCUCCAUCAUGAAUGAUCCAUACUCAAAUCACUUCACAGGAGGAUGGUUCAACCCCAUUUUGCACCCCAAUUCUACUUACACUGCCAUUCCUGCAACUCCUUCUUCCUCCUCCUCUUCUUCUUCUUCUCCCUUCUGCAACUUUCUCCCUUUAGAUUACACACAACCUAGCUCACCUCCUUUGAGAGAAGCCCUCCCCCUAUUGAGCUUGAGCCCUAGAAGGACAGAUGAGCACGAAAAUUACAAGGAGAAGGAGGAGCUCAUGUGUGAAGAUGAUGAAGGGGAAGUCACAGUGGCCCUUCGCAUAGGGCUUCCGAGCUAUAGUGGGGUGAGCCAUCAAGGUUCUUCUGGUGAGAUGAUGGAGGUUGAUGAGAGAGAGAAGGCAUACCCUACGGCCACUCUCAACAAAGGGCAGUAUUGGAUCCCUACUCCUGCUCAGAUCCUUAUUGGACCUACGCAGUUCUCUUGCCCAGUUUGUUGCAAGACCUUCAACCGCUACAACAACAUGCAGAUGCACAUGUGGGGUCAUGGAUCACAAUACAGGAAAGGGCCUGAAUCCCUAAGGGGAACCCAACCAACUGCAAUGCUCAGGCUCCCAUGUUAUUGCUGUGCACCCGGCUGUCGUAACAACAUCGAUCACCCUCGAGCGAAGCCAUUAAAGGAUUUUCGAACCCUUCAAACCCAUUAUAAGAGGAAGCAUGGAAUCAAGCCUUUCAUGUGCAGAAAAUGCAGCAAAGCCUUUGCAGUAAGGGGAGAUUGGCGAACACAUGAGAAGAAUUGUGGGAAGCUUUGGUUUUGCAUUUGUGGGUCUGAUUUCAAGCACAAAAGGUCCUUGAAGGAUCACAUUAAGGCCUUUGGCCAUGGCCAUGCAGCCUAUGGUGUCGACUCUUUCGAAGACGAUGAUGAUCCCGCCUCCGAGAUCGAGCAGGAUGAUGAGUCCCAGUGAAUGAGAGUGAGUCUGAGAGAGAGAGUAGAUUGUGUAGUGGAAGGAACUGACUGAUCUUGGGUUAAUUUAUUAUCUAUACUUGCUAGUGAAGUAGAUUUGAGAACUGAAUUCUAAUUUUUUUGUUUUUUUUUCUUGGGGGGGUUCUUGAGAUAUAGUUCUAAUUUAUGUAAAUCAAUUUGCUUUGUUCACUGUGGGUACUUUUGAAUUCCUUUUAUCAGCUGCUUUUUUUGAAAUUCUA